AUGCCUCCCAUGACCCUCUCUACUAUGUCCUGGAUGCUGCUUUCAUGCCUGAUGUUCCUUUCUCGGGUGGAAGGUGAAGUAUCCCAAAAGAAACUGCCUUCUUCACGCAUCACCUGUCCUCAAGGCUCUGUAGCCUAUGGCUCCUAUUGCUAUUCACUGAUUUUGAUACCACAGACCUGGUCUGAUGCAGAACUAUCCUGUCAGAUGCAUUUCUCAGGACACCUGGCAUUUCUGCUCAGUACUGGUGAAAUUACCUUCGUGUCCUCCCUGGUGAAGAACAGUUUGACCACCUACAAAUACAUCUGGAUUGGACUCCAUGAUCCCUCACAUGGUACACUCCCCAAUGGAAGUGGAUGGAAGUGGAGCAGUUCCAAUAUGCUGACCUUCUAUAACUGGGAGAGGAACCCCUCUGUUGCUGCAGACCGUGGUUAUUGUGCAGCUUUGUCUCGGAACUCAGGUUACCAGAUGUGGAGAGAUUAUAAUUGUGAAGUACUACUUCCCUAUGUCUGCAAAUUCAAGGCCUAG